UACCCCAUUAUUUGGAGGUAUUGGCAACAGAUAAGUCCUUGACAAAAUGGCUGCCGACAGAGUCCUGAUCCUAGGGACCCUCUCACUGGCUGUGCUGCUGAGUCCCCAAGGAGCUUCUGAGUUCAUUGAAGCUGAACAUGUUGGGGUCUACGGCACAACUUUUUGCCAGUCCUAUGGGCCCUCAGGCCAGUUUACACAAGAAUUUGAUGAAGAUGAACUCUUUUAUGUGGACCUGGAGAAGAAGGAGACUGUGUGGCGGCUCCCAGAGUUCAGCCAUUUUGCUAGCUUUGACUCUCAGGGAGGGCUGACAAACAUAGCCAUGUGCAAGCGCCACCUGGAAAUCUCAAUCAAACGCUACAACAGAAGCAGGAUCAUCGCCGUGCCCCCUGAGGUGACUGUGUUCUCGGAGAGUCCCGUGGAGAUGGGCCAGCCAAACAUACUCAUCUGCUUGGUGGACAACAUCUUCCCCCCAGUGGUCAACAUCAAGUGGCUUCGUAAUGGGCAGUUGGUCACUGAAGGUGUGUCUGAGACAGACUUUUACCCUCGGCCUGACCACAAAUUCCGCAAGUUCUACUACCUCACUUUUCUCCCCAACACAGAAGACUUUUAUGACUGCAAAGUGGAGCACUGGGGCCUGGAGCAGCCAGUCCUCAAGCACUGGGAACCCCAGGUUCCAUCCCCACUGCCAGAGACAACAGAAACUGUGGUCUGUGCCCUUGGACUGGCUGUGGGUCUGGUGGGCAUCAUUGUGGGCACCAUCCUCAUAAUCAGAGCCACGCGUUCCAACAGUAGGGUCCAACAUCAAGGGCCUCUGUAACAGGUUUCCAAAUGAGGAGGAACACAAGGAAGAGGCCAGCUCCCUGUCCCUGACCUUGGGCUGGCUGAAGAUGCUGCCUUCUGUCACCUAUGAUCUACGUGUUCAUCCUUCCAUUUCACUGCCUGGACUUCCAAGUGACUUCACCUUUGCCUUCUCUUUGCUGACUUUCCCUAAAUCGCACAAGUUUAUAAGGCAGACAACCUGGUCUGAUGUCUAAUUUCCCUGUAGGCUCUCUAGGGUAACUCACAUCCAUGGCCCCCUUUCUUCCAAACCUUAUUUGCCCUCACAUGAGUAAAUUUAGUCUUCACAUCCUUCUCACCAACUCACAACUCACCAACUCAACUAUCACCUCAAUACAAAUGAUGCCCAGAUACAGAUAUCCAUCUCUAGUCUCUUGUUGAACUGUAGUUUCCCACAUCAUCAAUUGCCUAUUGGACAUUCCUACUGGAUAUCUCAUAAUCAUUUCAUACUCAACAUGUCCAAAAACAGAGCAUAUUAUCUUUCCCCCAGACCCCUUCUCCUUUUCCUAACUUCUCUGUUUUUGUUAAAGGCACUAGCAUCUUUCCAGUCACCCAGAUUCAUAACCUUAUUCAUCUUGUACUGUUUUGUUUCCCUCACUCCUCACAUUCAAUCAGUUGCCAAAUCAUGUCAAUUCUGACUCCACAAUAUAUGUGAUUUCAAUCCCCUUCCCCCAAUCACAUGGCUAGCACACUAGUUUAGGAUUUUAUUACCUCUAAUCUGGAUGGUUGCAAAAGACUACAUUAAGUCACUUCCCCCUCAUAAUCCAUCCUGCACAUAGCCGUCAAGUUUUCCUAAAGUACAGGUGUGACAGUAUCCUUGCCUUCCUCAAGAAACUCUAGUAACUGCCACCUUUAGAAUAAAAUACAAGUUCCUCUGACUUUAAAACCCCUUCAUAACUGGCAUACUGCUUCACAUUGCAGCCAAAGAGGUCUUUUUGGUAUUCUUUAUACAGGACAUUUACUAUCUGAUCAACAUUUCAUGUCCAGUCUCCAUGUCUUUGCAUAGCCUGUUCCUCAUGCCUAGAAUGCCUUCCACCUCACCUUAGAAGCCUAGAUUCCUUCAUAGCUCAGCUCAUGCCCCCUCCUAAGAAACACUAUCCAGACACGACCAGUUGCUAGUGCCCUUCCUCCUAGAAAGUACUUUGUAUAUUUUUUAUCUUUCAUUCCAUAUGUGUGUGUGUGUGUGUGUGUGCGUAUGUGAUUUUCCCCAUCCCUUACUAUGCCCCCAUCUCCAAUAUAGUAAGAUAUUUUAGGACAGAGGCUGUUUUGAGGCUUUUGCUUUUGUUAUCUUUGCAUCCCCAGAGCCUAGCACAGUGCCUGACAUAUAAAUAAAUUCUUAUAAAAUUGGGUAACUUUCUUAUUUGAUGCAGUUACAUACAUACAUGGAAACUUCUGGGUUCUUCUUGGUAGAGUUAAAUGAAGUCAUUGAUUGGUUUACCAUGGCUUAGAGAUGAGAAGUCCUUAAAUUUAAAAGAAUUACAAAAUUGAUUUAUUGGGAAAUAGAAGAUGAGGGUUGGUAUCUAGUCUGAUCUUUACCUAGGGUGAGUCUGCUACAACCAGCAGGCUGUAGCAGAAUCCAUGCUUUCACAGCUUUGCUGGAAACAGUGACAGUGCAGGGACCUGAGAAAGGAAAAUUCACUGAUCAUUGAUGGAUUGAUAUGGCAUCUAGAUGUCAGAGAGGAAGUUGGAGAGAGGAAGGAAAGAAGAAUUCGGAUCAGAGGUGAUCAGAACUAUCUUAUCUUCCUAAUUCAAUGAAAUUUAAGCAUUUUGAAUUUGUGGUCAAUAAUCUAAUUACAUUUAUGCUUAACUUUCAAUGGCUCCUUAUUUGUCAUCUUAUCAAGUCUAAUCUGGAUGCACUGCCUGCCCUCCCCCUUCACAAUCUUACCUCACUCUACCUAAUGAUUGCUCCCUGACACACACCUCUGUUUUAGUCCGGCUGCUCUCAGUCUUACCCAUGCCCAACCCCUUGUGCUAAUUCCCAUCCUAAUACUCUUGACCAUGUUUUCCUUUCCUCCUUCGUUCCACUUAUACUAUCAUCCUUCUAGGUCUAAGUACAAUUCCACUUGCUUCAUGAACGCUUUCCUCAGUACUUUAGCCACCACUAGACUUUGGAAUCCCACAGCUUUAAAAAAAAAAAAACAUACAAUGUGAUUUAACAAUUAAUUCUAUUUUGCACUGUAUUAUUUGCUGUUAUUCCAUCUCGGUCUUCCUAAGAGUGUAAACCCUUUGAGGGUGAAAUCAUGCUUCAGACUUCCAUUUUUCCCAUUGCUCCUAGAAUAGAAUGGAGCAUUAAUGAAGAUACUUAGACACCUGGUUGAUACAUUGACUUGUGUAUCUGAUCAAGAUUAUUUCUAAACCAAGAAAUAUACAUAGGAUUUAUGCUUAAAACUAGGUGGGAGGGAACCUGGAUUCCGUAUUUACUCUCUAAUUGUCUGAUUGCCUAUACUGUGUGCCUUAUAUCCUUACCACUUGCAAUAAAGUUAUUUUAAAAUUCAA